AUGGGGAACAUCCGCUUCAUCCUGAUCCAGAACCGGGCCGGGAAGACCCGCCUGGCCAAGUGGUACAUGCAGUUUGAUGAUGAUGAGAAGCAGAAGCUGAUCGAGGAGGUCCACGCUGUCGUCACCGUCCGCGACGCCAAACACACCAAUUUUGUGGAGUUCCGCAACUUCAAGAUCAUUUACCGACGCUAUGCAGGGCUUUACUUCUGCAUCUGCGUUGACGUCACCGACAACAAUCUGGCUUACCUUGAAGCCAUCCACAACUUCGUGGAGGUCCUCAAUGAAUAUUUUCACAACGUCUGUGAGCUCGACUUGGUCUUCAACUUCUACAAGGUCUACACAGUGGUGGAUGAGAUGUUCCUGGCCGGGGAGAUCCGGGAGACGAGCCAGACCAAGGUGCUCAAGCAGCUCCUGAUGCUGCAGUCACUGGAGUGAGCUGGGACCAAACCCCCCCCCCCCGCCCUCCCCCCCCCCCCCCUUGGAGCCCCUCGGGGGGCAGCGUGGGGGUCUUGGUAUUGUGUGUGUUGUCGCCCUCCCCCCUGCUUCUCCAUGUACCCGUCAUCGUGUU